AUGGCCUCCGUCGACAGCAAGCAGCCCGCGCUGGACUUCUUGUCCUUCGUCAACGCGUCUCCCACCCGUAAGGGCUCUUCUCUAUCCACCCCCUUCCCCUUCCAUGCCGUCCAGUCCGCCAAGGAUCUGCUCGCCAAGGCCGGUUUCCAAGAGAUUAAGGAACGAGACUCGUGGGCGUCUACCUGCCAACCAGGCGGCAAGUAUUACCUCACUCGCAAUACUACGACCCUCGUGGCGUUUGCCAUUGGCAAGAAAUGGAAGCCCGGUAAUUCGAUCGCCAUGAUCGGUGCUCACACCGACUCUCCCGUACUCCGCGUCAAGCCUGUGAGCAAGAAGAGCGGCGAAGGUUUCAUCCAGGUCGGCGUCGAGACCUAUGGUGGAGGCAUCUGGCACACUUGGUUUGAUCGUGAUCUGGGAGUUGCCGGUCGUGUGAUGGUGCGGGCAAAGGAUGGUUCCAUUGUCCAGAAGCUGGUCAAGAUCGACCGACCCAUACUUCGGAUUCCCACUUUGGCCAUCCAUCUGGAUCGCCAGGAGACAUUCGCUUUCAACAAGGAGACCCAGCUAUUCCCCAUUGCCGGCCUCGCAGCCGCAGAGCUCAACCGUACCCGUCCCUCCCAGGAGGCGGCGCCCGAAGCGACGGCGGAUAAGCCCGGAAAUCUGGCUCCGCUCAAGGCCAUGACGGAGCGUCACCAUCCUUACCUUGUCGAGCUGAUCGCAACCGAGGCCGGUGUCACCCCCGCUGACGUGUUGGACUUUGAAUUGAUCUUGUUUGACACGCAAAAGUCCUGUCUCGGUGGCCUACUGGAGGAAUUCAUUUUCUCCCCGCGCCUGGACAACCUCAACUGCUCCUUCUGUGCGAUAUCCGGCCUGAUCGACUCCGUGGCCGAGAAGUCGGCGCUGGAGGACGAGUCGUCCAUUCGUCUGAUCGCUCUCUUUGACCACGAGGAGAUUGGCAGCCGCACCGCCCAGGGUGCCGACUCCAACGUCCUGCCCGCCAUCAUCCGCCGUCUGUCCGUCCUCCCAUCCGGCCACUUUGAGGAUGCCGGCUCUGAGGCGUCCUACGUCAAGGCUGGGGAUGUGGAUCUCUCCACCGCGUACGAGCAAACUCUAUCGACCUCCUUCCUGGUCUCGGCCGAUAUGGCGCACUCGGUCAACCCCAACUACUCGGGCAAAUACGAGGUCGACCACCGCCCGGAAAUGAACAAGGGGCCGGUCAUCAAAAUCAACGCUAAUGCCCGUUACGCCACCAACUCGCCUGGCAUUGUCCUCCUGCAAGAGGUCGCCCAGAAAGCGGCGGAGGACGGUGGAGCGUGCGUGCCUCUCCAGCUCUUUGUCGUGCGCAACGACUCGAGCUGUGGCAGCACCAUCGGCCCCAUGCUGUCUGCUGCCUUGGGCGCUAGAACUCUGGACCUGGGGAACCCGCAACUGAGCAUGCACAGUAUUCGCGAGACCGGCGGUACCUAUGAUGUGGGACAUGCCAUCAGACUCUUCGAGAGCUUCUUCAAGCACUAUUCUUCCCUGUCCAAGACUAUCUUUGUCGAUUAA